AAGAACAAGAAGAGAAGAGACUAGAGAGAGAAUCAAAGUCCAAAGAGGAAAGUAAAAAAAAAAAAAAAAAAUACUAAAAGCGACUGAAACAUAUUACAGCCGAAGCAAGCAAGCCAAGACAGUGGCUACUGCCGCCUGUGUGUGGUUGCGAGCAAAGCUAGAAAUGCUCUCUUCCUACAAUUUCAUUCAUUACCAAGGAGUGGUAUAAAUUCUUGUCAGAAAGGUUGGAACUUUGGCUUUCUUUAGCCAGAAAUUUGACUUCCCCUUUUCUGCCCUUGUCCUAACUUGAAUGUUUUAGCUUCCUUCCAACCUUUGUAAUCCAUCUUUAUACUGAAAGCUUGCGGCUUUUGCUAAAUUCGGAGCUUCCUUCUGCCUCUCCCCUGUUUUCCCUUCCACUCUGCAGUUCAAUGUUGGAAAUUUGAUACAUGGGUGUUAAGCGAACUAGCAAAGAACUGGUUUUGCUCACAUGGUGAUGUUUCAUGAACUAAAAUGGAGCUCCACAGAUCUACCACCAUGGGAACCCACUGCCUGAAGAAACUCCUGCUACUACCCUUCUUCUUCAUCUUCUCCUCCAUUGUUCCAGUCAUUUUCGCUGCUACAGACCCUGGCGACUUAGCUGUCCUCAAGGAAUUCAGAGACGGGUUGGAGAAUCCGGAACUUCUGCAAUGGCCCAAACCCGGCGGCGGGGAAGAAGACCCGUGUGGCCAGACAUGGAAACACGUCAUCUGUUCUGCUUCAAGGGUUACCCAGAUUCAAGUUCAGAACAUGGGCUUGAAGGGUACUCUGCCUCAGGACUUCAACAAGCUCACCAUGCUGGACAAUUUGGGGAUGCAGAGGAACCAAUUCACUGGUCCAUUGCCUACCUUCAAGGGCUUGUCCAAGCUUAGGUACGCCUUUCUCGAUUACAACGGCUUCGAUUCGAUUCCCUCCGAUUUCUUCGAUGGCCUCGACAGCCUGGAAGUCCUUGCAUUGGAUGGGAACAAGCUCAAUGCGACCACUGGUUGGUCAAUCCCUAAAGGGUUGCUGAAUUCUGCACAGUUGAUCAAUUUUACAUGUACCGGCUGUAAUUUGGCUGGUCCGUUGCCUGAUUUCAUGGGGAACUUUGUGUCUCUACAAAACUUGUUGCUUUCGGACAACAAUAUAACCGGUGAGCUUCCAGCCAGCUUCAAGGACAACACUGCUUUGCAAAUGCUGUGGUUGAAUGAUCAGAACGGUGGUGGAUUGACCGGUCCUAUCGAUGUGGUUGCGACGAUGGAAUCUGCUACCACUAUAUGGCUUCAUGGGAACCAGUUCACUGGUCCAAUCCCUGAUAGCAUUGGUAAUUUGACUAGCUUGAAGGAUCUAAAUCUCAAUGGUAAUCGACUCGUCGGGUUAGUUCCUUCUAGCUUAGCUGAUCUGCCACUGCAGAAUCUGAAUUUGAACAAUAACCUAUUGAUGGGGCCUGUACCGAGGUUUAAAGCGGCUAAAGCUUCCUUUAGUUCGAAUUCAUUUUGUCAGUCUGUUGCUGGAGUUCCAUGUGCUGAUGAAGUCAUGAUGCUCAUAGAUUUCCUUGCUGGUUUGAAUUACCCUUCGAGGCUGGUCUCUUCGUGGACUGGUAAUGAUCCAUGUUCUUCGUGGCUCGGGAUUCGUUGUAAUCCCAGUGGCAAGGUCGAUUCCAUUGUUCUGCCCAAUUACAAUCUCAGUGGAACUUUAAGCCCUUCAGUUGGUAAGCUUGCUUCUCUUACUCAAAUCAAACUUGAAAGCAACGUUAUAACAGGUCCAGUGCCGGAAAACUGGACUAGCCUGGCAUCUCUGAAGACCUUGGAUCUCAGUGGCAACAACAUCUCACCUCCAUUGCCAAAGUUUUCCACCACUGUCCAACUUCUGACCACUGGGAAUCCCCUGUUGGCUGAUGGAGGAAAGUCUGCUCCAGACAAAAAUCCAUCAUCUUCUUCAGGUUCUGGAUCAAAUGGUGGUUCCUCUUCUCAACAGAAUGGCCCUAAGAGGUCCAUUCUAGUUGCAGUCCUAGCUCCUGUUGCAAGUGUAGCUUUCAUGGCCAUUCUAGCUAUACCGCUGUCAAUUUAUUGUUACCGGAAGAGGAAAGGCACGUUCCAAGCUCCAAAUUCCCUCGUCAUUCAUCCAAGAGAUCCAUCCGACUUGGACAACAACACAGUUAAGAUCGUGGUUGCUAACAAUAACAAUACCGGUGCAAGCUCUUCCACAAGAACAGCAAGCGGUGGUUCAAUGCACAGCAGCAGGUUUGGGGAUUCUCACGUCAUCGAGGCCGGGAACCUGGUGAUAUCGGUUCAAGUCCUUCGCAACGUGACAAAGAACUUUGCACCUGAGAACGAGCUAGGCCGCGGAGGGUUUGGAGUAGUGUAUAAAGGAGAGCUCGACGAUGGUACCAACAUAGCAGUGAAGAGAAUGGAGGCUAGCGUGAUAAGUAGUAAAGCAUUGGAUGAGUUUCAGUCGGAGAUUGCAGUUCUUUCCAAGGUCAGGCACCGGCAUUUGGUGUCGUUGUUGGGUUACUCAAUUGAAGGUAAUGAGAGGAUUCUUGUGUAUGAGUAUAUGCCACAGGGAGCUCUCAGCAGACAUCUUUUUCACUGGAAGAGCUUUCAGUUGGAGCCUCUUUCCUGGAAGAGGAGGCUAAAUAUUGCUUUGGAUGUUGCUAGAGGGAUGGAGUAUCUUCAUACUCUUGCUCAUCAGAGCUUCAUACAUAGGGACCUUAAGUCUUCAAACAUCUUGCUCGGUGAUGAUUUUAAGGCGAAAAUUUCAGACUUUGGACUUGUGAAACUUGCUCCGGAUGGUGAGAAAUCUGUGGCGACCAGGCUUGCUGGGACUUUCGGAUACUUGGCACCUGAAUAUGCUGUGACCGGGAAAAUCACGACGAAGGUGGACGUGUUCAGCUUCGGUGUCGUCCUGAUGGAGAUGCUGACCGGAUUAGUGGCGCUGGACGAAGACCGAUCAGAGGAGAAGCAGUACCUGGCAGCAUGGUUCUGGCACGUGAAAUCGGACAAGCAGAAGCUGAGGAACGCAAUCGACCCAGCACUCCAGCCAAACGACGAUGAGACAUUCGAGAGCAUCUCAACGAUUGCUGAGCUCGCAGGCCACUGCACGGCCAGGGAGCCCAGCCAGAGGCCCGACAUGGGGCACGCGGUGAACGUGCUUGCCCCACUGGUCGAGAAAUGGAAGCCACUGGACGACGAGCUUGAGGAUUACUGUGGGAUCGACUACAGCCUGCCGCUUAACCAGAUGGUGAAAGGUUGGCAAGAGGCUGAAGGCAAGGACGUGAGCUAUGUGGACCUGGAAGAUAGCAAGGGGAGCAUUCCUGCCAGGCCUAAUGGGUUUGCGGAUUCUUUCACUUCUGCUGAUGGUCGAUGAAUGACACUAGCUAGAGCUUGGUAACUCUUGCAUUUGGCUACAUCAGUGGUUUCGUUUUUGGCGUGUGGCAGUUUUUAGUCUGUAGAUAGUGUGUGUUGUUUAACUAUUGGUUUUUGUCCCACUUUACGUCUGAUCUCUGAUGUAGCGUUUUGGAAUUUGUCUGAUGAAAAGUUGGUUAUGAUGUUUGGCAAUGUAGAUAGAGAGCAAGGAACUAAAAUGAUGUCUUGUUGUUCCAUCACCAUUAUUGCCGUUGUCUGCGAGCUUCUUAUCUGAGUUUGAUUUUGUCCACCUUGUAAAUUUAAGAAUUAGGUAAGGCAGUCCCACCAAACAGAACUUAGA